UCAGUGCAUUCGGCCUCCCUGGCCGAACUCCCCUUCGCAACAAUUCUGCCCCUCGACGACUACUCACCUCCUCCUCUGAUUAGCUCAAGUAGUAAUUGCCUACGGGCGGCUUAUCUCUCCAGGCUUGCUGAUAAGGCCUCAAACAAUCUUGCUCGUCCAGUCUCGCCUACAUCACAGACAGGAGGCCAACCACAUCAGCAAGUGGGCAUUGCCCCUUCAAACCGUUGGGUCCCAGUCAGUAGUGGCGUUUCUGCAGAUUGUCUCAGUAUAUCAGAAACGCCUAAUCUACCCGGUCCUAUACUGUCUUCUUCUUCCCAUGAAGCAAGUGGAGCCGACGAUCUUGUUGCUAGCACUAUGGUGUUGUCCGAGAGAGAUCAACCAAGCAGACACGAGGAGCACGGGGUUGGGGAAUAUCACUCGCGUUGUGGCCAACAUGAGCAUCAAUUCACAGAGGAGAUUGCUGUUACUCAAAGUUUGGAUAUCAAUAAGCAAGACGAAGCUGAUCAUCCGCAAAGUGAAAAGUAG